AUGAGUCACCGCAAGUACGAGGCUCCCCGUCACGGCUCCUUGGCUUAUCUGCCUCGGAAGCGCGCUGCCCGCCACCGCGGAAAGGUCAAGUCCUUCCCCAAGGAUGACCCCAAGAAGCCCGUCCACCUGACCGCCGCCAUGGGCUACAAGGCCGGUAUGACCACGAUCGUUCGUGACCUCGACCGACCCGGCGCGAAGGCGAACAAGAAGGAAGUUGUGGAGGCUGUUUCGAUCAUUGAUACCCCCCCUAUGAUCGUUGUUGGUCUUGUGGGCUACAUCGAGACUCCCCGUGGUCUGCGCUCCCUCACCACCGUGUGGGCCGAGCACUUGAGCGACGAAGUUAAGCGCCGAUUCUACAAGAACUGGUACAAGAGCAAGAAGAAGGCCUUCACCAAGUACGCCAAGAAGCACUCCGACAACAGCGGUGCCUCCAUCAACCGCGAGCUCGAGCGCAUCAAGAAGUACUGCACCGUCGUCCGUAUCCUGGCUCACACCCAGAUCCGCAAGACCCCCCUCAAGCAGAAGAAGGCCCACCUCAUGGAGAUCCAGGUCAACGGUGGCUCCGUUGCCGAGAAGGUCGACUUCGGCAAGGACCUCUUCGAGAAGCCCGUCUCCGUCGACACUAUCUUCGAGCAGGAUGAGGUCAUUGACGUUAUCGCCGUCACCAAGGGCCACGGAUUCAGCGGUGUCACCGCCCGCUGGGGCACCAAGAAGCUCCCCCGUAAAACUCACAAGGGUCUCCGAAAGGUUGCUUGUAUCGGUGCUUGGCAUCCUUCCCACGUCCAGUGGACUGUUGCCCGUGCCGGUCAGGAGGGUUACCACCACCGUACCUCUGUCAACCACAAGGUUUACAGAAUCGGCAAGGGUGAUGCUGACGACAACGCCUCCACUGACGUUGAUGUCACCAAGAAGAAGAUCACUCCUCUCGGUGGCUUCGUCCGCUAUGGUGAGAUCAACAACGACUUCGUCAUGGUCAAGGGUUCCAUCCCUGGUACCAAGAAGCGUGUUGUGACCCUCCGCAAGUCCAUGUGGACUCACACCUCAAGAAAGGCUCUGGAGAAGAUCAGCCUCAAAUGGAUCGACACCUCAUCCGAAUUCGGUCACGGUGCUUUCCAGACCCCUGCGGAGAAGAAGCAGUACCAGGGUACCCUCAAGAAGGAUCUGGCUUCCGCAUAA